GAUAUUGACGUUCCCAAGGAGACUUGGUAUUGGCUAGAACCUGAAGAGGAAGACAAAAUGGAUGAGGAAGACAAGGAAGAUGAAUGCGCAACCUCAGACUUAAGUGUAUCAGAAAAGCUCCACAUCCUGACUGCCUAUUUGAGAGAACAACACUUUUACUGCAUUUGGUGUGGAACGACCUAUGAAGACUCUGAAGAUUUAUCUUCAAACUGCCCUGGAGACAGUGCUGCAGACCAUGACUAA